CGUCCAUCGUUAGGCUUCACAUACCAUCGCAACGCGUCUCUGCAGUGAUCACCUGCCUUACAUCCAAAUCUCCGGUUUGCUAUCAUUGUUUCGAGCUCAAAUCCGCUUUCUCCGACUCUCUUCCGCAUCAAAAUGGCCUCUGAGCUUUGUCCCGUCUAUGCGCCAUUCUUUGGCUCCCUUGGCUGCACUUCAGCCAUUGUUUUCACUUGCUUUGGAGCUGCUUAUGGAACCGCUAAAGCGGGUGUCGGUGUCUGCUCCAUGGGUGUCCUCCGCCCCGACCUGAUUGUUAAAAACAUCGUUCCUGUCGUCAUGGCUGGUAUUAUCGGUAUCUACGGGCUGGUCGUGUCCGUCCUUAUCGCAAACAACCUCGGCCAGAAGGUUCCCCUCUACACAGCGCUUGUCCAGCUGGGAGCUGGUCUUGCGGUCGGUCUUGCUGGUUUGGCUGCUGGUUUCGCCAUUGGUAUUGUCGGAGACGCCGGUGUCCGCGGAACGGCUCAACAGCCAAGACUCUACGUCGGAAUGAUUCUUAUUCUCAUUUUCGCUGAAGUUCUGGGUCUUUACGGUCUCAUCGUUGCCCUUCUCAUGAACUCCCGUGCCACCCUCGAGGCCAGCUGCUAGGAAUUUGAAGCACGCCCUAUGCCUUUGACGCCGCUAGCGCACGUCAGCAGGCCUAACGGUUGGUGAUUUUGUAUACGGAGCAUUUAAGCACCCGAACUCAGACUCGUGAACGUACCUUAUAUGACAUUCGGUUGCGCUUAACCUGGAGGGUUUCCCUCCAAGUUCAGACUUGCAACAUCUUGAUUGGGGAAUGGGGAAGCCGUUGGAUUUCUACACCUGGCAAUUAUACCACCACGCCUAGCCUGCAUACUUAUAGGCUAGAUCAAAGUGGAAAGCUUAUCGUAGAUACAUUGCAUGAUUUGCGGAA